AGGCUCCUUAGCUGUGGCUCGCUGGACCCCCCUGCAUUGGAAGGCGGAUUCUUAACCACCACGCCACCAGGGAAAUCCCGGAUUCAAUCCUUUUGAUGUGCAAGAGAGAGGAUUAGGACCUAAUGAUGCAAAGCAGUAUAAGACAUAAUGCUGCUCUUUUUCAGCCUACUCUUCUGAAGACACAUGACCAAGUAGAAUGGUCAAGCCUGUAUGUUCAGACUUCUGGACAACUUUGCCUCUGGAGUUGUUUGAUGGCUUUGUGGUUCAGCGUCGGAAAAAAAAAAAAAAGAGGAAGUUGCCAAUUAUUCAGAAGAAAUCCCUUACCCAGGGACCCACAAGACUCACAGAAGGUGAAGUCAAGGGCUCUCAGACUCAUAAGGUUACUAGGACACCAGACUGGCACCCCAAAGGAGAACUUUACGGAGACUUACAACACAGCAACAAGUUAGAAGGGGAUAAAAAAACAAACAAACAAACAAAAAUCCUUUAACACUCACCAACCCCAAGCACGGAGCUGAGGGAAGCAUUCUGACCUGCACAGGCAGACUGGAGGCUGGAUGGAGAGCUGGCUGAGGAGGACAUCUGGAGAGUGAAGGUUAAGUACCAGCUGGGAUUUUUGUGCCCCCAGAUUCUUUUUGGCUUUUUAGAUAAUAAGCAUCAAAUUCUGUGUCUCUGUAUACCAGUUUUUCUAGCAGUUUAUUGGAAGGUGGAUGUAUUUGAGGUUAAAGACUACAAAGAGAAGGUAACUCCUAGGGAAGGAAGAAGGAGAGAGAAAAGAAAAUUAGAAGCUAAGAUUCUUUGGAAUGACUUCAGGUAGUGAGCGGUAUGUGUUUGUGAGUGAGUGUGUAUUUGACGGGCUUUGGCUUAUGCCCAUGUGUCCCUCUUCUAGUAUCAGCGAGGGGAGGGGCUAUUGAAGAAAGAAAAAGAGAGAAACCUGAACUCUCUGGAAGAAAUUCAUAGGAACCCAGAGAAACGAACUUCAUUCUGCAAGGACUAAACUAGAGCGAGGAGAGAGAGGUCAAGGGAGAAGGGUGAGGGAAACACAUACGGUGGGUGAGGUACAGAGGCCACGCUGGCCCAGCACCCAGCGCAGGUAGCCAGAAGAGGUUCUCUUUUGGGGCUGCCUGAAGAAGUUUGGUCCGUGAACAAAACAGUUUGCCCGGUGACUGUGAAUCUACUGCUAGCUGUCUCUUUCUCUUCUCUCCAUCACCCUGGUGUGGUACCCAGAAGUUGACUUCUGGUUCUGUAUAAAGAGCCAGCGGAGGUAUGAUGUGCUUAAAGAUUCUGAGAAUAAGCCUGGUGAUUCUGGCUGGGUGGGCGCUCAGUACUGUCAGCUCUGAGCUGGGCUGGACACGCAAGAGAUCCUUGGCUCAAAGAGGACACCUGAAUCAGGUGCUGUUGGAAGGAGAACGCUGUUGGCUGGGGGCCAAGGUUAGAAGACCCAGAGCUGCCCCUCAGCAUCACCUCUUUGGGGUCUACCCCAGCAGACCUGGGAACUACCUGAGGCCCUACCCUGCGAGGGAUCAAGGAACGUACCAUGCAGGGCGCAGUAAGCCAGACACCGAGGGAAUGGCUGUGAGAUCUGUUCCCCCAGACCUGACUGGAAGUGCAGGAGUGACAAGUGAGGCUGAGCGGCCAGCUGCCCUGUGGGUAGGGGAUGGUCCUGUUGGGCAGUCGGAGCUACUGGGAGAUGAUGACACUUAUCUUGGCGAUCAAGGAUCCAAGGAGCCUCUAGGUGAGGCUGGGACUCAAGAACACGGAGCCUUGGCUGCCGCCAAGAUCACCACCUUCCCACGCCAGAAGGAACCCGGACCAGAGACCCAAAGGAAGGGCCGGACCAAGACCAGGCGGCGGCGCCAGGUGGCGAAGGGGCAGGCAGGAGGUGUGCAGGGAGACCCCAGUGUUGUUCCCCGGCACUUCCAAGCUUGGUCUAAGCAUCCCCUUAUGCAUGGGGUCAGAACCAGCUCUUCGGAGGGCGGCAUCCAGAAUGGUGGAGGGGACCCCGACUGGGAAGCAGAGACCUUUAGCCCCCAAGGAGGAUUGCCUGUUUUGUACUUCUCUGGGAGGCGGGAGCAGCUGUUGCUGCGUCCAGAAGUGCUGGCUGACAUUCCCCGGGAGGCAUUCACAGUGGAAGCCUGGGUGAAACCGGAGGGAGGACAGAACAGCCCAGCCAUCAUUGCAGGUGUGUUUGAUAACUGCUCCCACACUAUCAGUGACAAGGGCUGGGCCCUGGGGAUCCGCUCAGGGAAGGAUGUGGGAAGGCGAGAUGCUCGCUUCUUCUUCUCUCUUCGCACUGACCGCGUGAAGAAAGCCACCAUUAUGAUGGGUCACGGUCGCUAUCAACCAGGCAAGUGGACGCACGUGGCAGCCACUUACGAUGGACAGCGCAUGGCCCUGUAUGUCGAUGGCACUCAGGUGGCUAGUAGUCCAGAUCAGUCCGGUCCCCUGAACAGUCCCUUCAUGGCAUCUUGUCGCUCUUUGUUCCUGGGUGGGGAUAGCUCCGAGGACGGGCACCAUUUCCGUGGACACCUGGGCACACUGGUCUUCUGGUCGACGGCCCUCCCACAAAGCCACCUCCAGCACAGUCCUCAGCAGCCAAGCGAGGUGGAGGAUUUGACCACCCUGCUACUGACAGCCAGUUUUGAGCCCCUGGAAGAACAGUGGGCCCCCUUUAGAGAUGGGAAGUACCCACGGCUUGAGGUUCUCCAGGGCUUUGAGCCGGAGCCUGAGAUCCUGUCACCUUUGCAGCCCCCGCUCUGUGGGCAAACAGCUUGUGACAACGUGGAACUGAUUUCCCAGUACAGCUGGCACUGGCCCCUUCGGGGAGAGAAGGUGAUCCGCUACCAGGUAGUAAACAUCUGCGACGACGAGGGCCUGAACCCCACCGUAAGUGAGGAGCAGAUCAGUCGGCAGCAUGAAGUGCUCAAUGAAGCCUUUAGCCGCUACAACAUCAGCUGGCAGCUGAACAUCCACCAGGUCCACAACUCCACCCUGCGCCACCGUGUUGUGCUCGUGAACUGUGAGCCCAGCAAGAUUGGCAAUGACCACUGUGACCCCGAGUGUGAGCACCCACUCACAGGCUACGACGGGGGCGACUGCCGCCUGCAGGGCCGGUGCUACUCCUGGAAUCGCAGGGAUGGGAUCUGCCACGUGGAGUGCAACAAUAUGCUGAACGACUUUGAUGAUGGUGACUGCUGUGACCCGGAGGGGGCUGACGUGCACAAGACCUGCUUCGACCCUGACUCACCUAGGAGGGCGUACAUGAGUGUGAAGGAGCUGAAAGAGGCACUGCAGCUCAACAGCACUCACUUCCUCAACGUCUACUUUGCCAGCUCAGUGCGGGAAGACCUUGCAGGUGCUGCCACCUGGCCUUGGGACAAGGAAGCCAUCAGUCACCUGGGUGGUGUUGUCCUCAACCCAGCCUAUUAUGGCAUGCCUGGCCACACCAACAUCAUGAUCCAUGAGGUGGGGCAUGUCCUGGGACUCUACCAUGUCUUCAAAGGGGUCAGUGAAAGAGAAUCCUGUGACGACCCCUGCAGGGAGACGGUGCCGUCCAUGGAUACAGGAGACCUCUGUGCCGACACUGCCCCCACUCCCAAGAGUAAGCUGUGCCAGGACCCAGAGCCUAUCAAUGACACCUGUGGCUUCACCCACUUCCCAGGGGCUCCAUUCAGCAACUACAUGAGUUAUACAGAUGACGACUGCACUGACAGCUUCACCCCUAACCAAGUGGCCCGAAUGCACUGCUAUUUGGACCUUGUAUAUCAGCAAUGGAGUCAAAGCCGAAAGCCCACCCCCAUUCCCAUCCCACCCAUGGUCAUCGGGCAGACCCCCCUGUCCCUCACUAUCCACUGGCUGCCUCCAAUUAGUGGAGUUGUGUAUGACAGGGUCCCGGGCAGCGUGUGUGGUGCCUGCACUGAAGAAGGGACAUUCCGUCAGUACGUGCACACAGCUUCCUCCCGGCGCGUGUGUGACUCCUCGGGUUACUGGACCCCAGAGGAGGCUGUGGGGCCUCCAGACGUGGAUCAACCUUGUGAGCCAAGCUUGCAGGCCUGGAGUCCUGAGCUCCACCUGUACCACAUGAACAUGACGGUCCCCUGCCCUGCAGAAGGCUGUAGCCUGGAGCUGCUCUUCCAGCACCCAGUCCAAGCUGACACUCUUACCCUGUGGGUCACCUACCUCUCCAUGGACUCCUCCCAGGCGCUUUUUGACACAGAGAUCUUGCUGGAACACCAGGAGUCCGUGCACCUAGGCCCCUUAGACACUUUCUGUGACACCCCACUCACUAUCAAACUGCACGUUGAUGGGAAAGUCUUGGGGGUGAAAGUCUACACCUUUGAUGAGCGGAUGGAGAUUGAUGCAGCUCUCCUGACUUCUCAGCCCCACAGUCCCUUGUGUUCUGGCUGCAGGCCCGUGAGGUACCAGGUCCUCCGUGAACCCCCAUUUGCCAGUGGCUUGCCCAUGGUGGUGACACAUCCUCACAGGAAAUUCACAGACGUGGAGGUCACACCUGGGCAGAUGUAUCGGUACCAAGUUCAAGCUGCAGCUGGAGCAGAACUGGGAGAAGCUUCGCCUCCUCUGAGCCACGUCCAUGGAGCUCCUUACUGUGGAGAUGGGAAGGUUGCAAGGAGCCUGGGCGAAGAGUGUGAUGAUGGAGACCUUUUGAGUGGAGAUGGCUGCUCAAGGGCAUGUGAACUAGAAGAAGGUUUCAACUGUGUAGGGGAGCCAAGCCUGUGCUAUAUAUAUGAGGGAGAUGGGAUAUGUGAACCUUUUGAGAAGGAAACCAGCAUCACAGACUGUGGCCUCUAUACUCCCAAAGGAUACCUGGAUCAGUGGGCUACCCAAGCUUAUUCUUCUCACGAAGAUAAGAAGAAGUGUCCUGUUUCCUUGGUAACUGGAGAACCUCCUUCCAUGAUUUGCACAUCAUACCGUCCAGAUUUACCAGAGCAACGUCCACUUACUGGCUGGUUUCCCUGUGUCACCAGUGGAAAUAGCCCUCAGGAUGAAGGGAGUAAGCAGCUAAAAGGUAGCCCGGAGAGAGAGGAUGAGGUUUGGCUCAAAGUUUGUUUCAAUAGACCAGGAGUGGCCACAGCAAUUUUCAUUUUCUUGACAUCUGAUGGCCUGGUGCCUGGGGAACAUCAGCGGCCAACAGUGACCCUUUACCUGACCGAUAUCAGUGGAAACAACCACUCUCUUGGAAGCUAUGAACUGUCAUGCCAGCAUAACCCACUGGUUAUCAAUGUAACCCAUCACUCGAACGUCCUCUUCCACCAUACCACCUCAGUGCUGCUGAAGUUCUCAUCCCCACUGGUGGGCAUCUCAGCAGUGGCUCUAAGGACAUCCUCCAUCAUAAGUCCUUCAGCUUCCAACAACUGCAUCCCAGAUCACGAGGGGCAAAAUCAUCAGGGACAGAGCUGUGCCCAUCGGCCCUGUGGGGAGCAGGGCAGCUGUGUGCCAUUGCUGCUUGAUCACGCGGAUGUGGUGAACUGUACCUCUGGUGGCCCAGGUCACAUGAAGUGCUCUAUCACCUGUCAAAGGGGGUUUGACCUUCAGGCCAGCAGUGGGCAGUACCUCAGGCCCAUGCAGAAGGAAAUUCUGCUCACAUGUUCCUCUGGGCACUGGGACCGGGCUGUGAGCUGCAUGCCCCUUGACUGUGGUGUCCCCGACCAGUCUUUGGUGAACUAUGCAAACUUCUCCUGCUCAGAGGGAACAAACUUUCUGAAACGCUGCUCCAUCUCCUGUGUCCCACCAGCCAAGCUUCAAGGACUGAGCCCGUGGCUGACCUGUCUUGAAGAUGGGCUCUGGUCUCUCCCUGAAGCCUACUGCAAGUUGGAGUGUGAUGUUCCCCCUGUUAUCCCGAACGCCAACUUGCUCCUGCCUCACUGCCUCCAGGGCAACCAUGAUGUGGGCUCCAUCUGCAGAUACAAAUGCAAACCGGGCUACUACGUGAUGGGAAGUGCGGAGAAUAAAGUCAGGAACAAGUUCCUGAAGAUCCAGUGCCUGGAAGAUGGAAUCUGGGAGCAAGGCAGCUGCGUCCCAGUGGUGUGUGAGCCCCCAUCUCCUGUCUUUGAAGGCAUGUAUGAAUGCACCAACGGCUUUGAGCUCAACAGCCAGUGUGUGCUCAACUGUAACGAGGAAAGUAAAAGGCUUCCCAUCCUCUGCACGAAGGAGGGACUGUGGACCGAGGAGUUCAAGUUAUGUGAGAACCUGCAAGGGGAAUGCCCACCACCCACCUCGGAGCUGAAUUUCGUGGAGUACAAGUGUGAACAGGGAUACAGGAUUGGUGCAGUGUGUUCCCCAUCGUGUAUAAUCCCCCCUAGCGAUCCCGUAAUCCUUCCUGAGAACGUCACUGCUGACACUCUGGAGCACUGGAUGGAACCUGUCAAAGUCCAGAGCAUCGUGUGCACUGGGCGGCGUCAGUGGCACCCAGACCCCCUCCUGAUCCACUGCAUCCAGUCCUGUGAGCCUUUCCAAGCAGAUGGUUGGUGUGAUACCAUCAAUAACCGGGCCUACUGCCACUAUGAUGGGGGAGACUGCUGCUCUUCCACGCUCUCCUCCAAGAAGGUCAUUCCAUUUGCUGCUGACUGUGAUCUGGAUGAAUGCACCUGCCGAGACCCCAAGGCGGAAGAAAACCUGUAACUGUGGGAUCAAGCCCCUCCUUCCACUGCCCUGGAGGCAGUAAGAAUCAGAGGCCUCCACAAAAGGAAACAAAAGAUGAAUGAAGAAGAAAGGUCAUGAAAUGAAGGAAGGAAGAAGAACACCAAGGAUCCUAUAAGAAAUGCAAGAGGACGUUUAUAGGUGCCAACUAUUGCGUCAAGUAGCCCAAGUAAGGAUCACAGGCAAACAUUUCUUCAAAGAGGCAGUUGAUUUAAAGUGGAAAGAGAAAUAUGAUAUAUAUACAAGGACCCUCCUUCCCCAUUUAUAUUCUAUCAAAUCCCAUCCUCAACUCUUACCCUGCUCCCCACUCUGCACCCUGCCAACUAUUCAGCCCCGCCCAACUUGUAAACCAAUACCAAAA